CUGCAGAAAUACAUACGGAGAAGAAGAAGGCCUCCACAGUGACGUCUUUCCGGUGUCAUGUCAGCUUUCUGUUGAAACCACAUGGCUAGCCACUGUCGCCGAGUUUAAAUGAGUAUUUUUACAGCCUGGCGUUUCUAGUGAAGAAGUUUUAAUGCGACAAGACAUCAAGAGAUGGCAGAAGUUGUACAAGAGAAAAGUCGUGGCUUGAAGUUUGCAGAGCAGCAACUCCUGCGUCAUGGCUGGGAACACGGUAAAGGACUGGGGCGAGCAGAGAAUGGCAUAUCAGAAGCUAUCAAGGUCAAAGUGAAAUGUGACAAAGGAGGGGUUGGCCAUAAGGAGGGCGAGCAGUUCACCUUCCAUUGGUGGGAUCAUGUCUUCAAUAAGGCCUCUUCCAAUCUGCAGGUUGAGUCUGAUCAAAACGGUAUUAAGCUGAAGAAGACGGUGGAGGAAGAUGAAGAAGAUGGCACGAUCUCCAAUAAAAAGCCACGGAAGGCCACGCUGGCUAAAGCCAAACUCUACGGAUGCUUCGUCAAGUCAGCCACACUGCUCUCUGGUCAGGAGCAGCCCGAGACAAAGUCUUCCAACUCGGAUGACAGCAGCAGCUCAGACGAGGAGGAGGACCAGAGACUGGAUCUCUCCAGCACCACCAAGCUUUCUGACACAGAUCUAAUGAAGGCUUGUGGAGGACGCACGGCUCACAAAGGAGCCAGACAUGGCUUGACCAUGAGCGCCAAGUUAGCGAGGCUGGAGCAGCAGGAGGCUGAGUUCAUGGCUAAAUAUGGCAAGAAGAGCCAACCACCGAGUGCCUCACCGGUUCUUGUUGGGCCAGCUCCACCGACCUCCAAGCCAGCUGACCACAAGUCUGAGAGGCAAGAGGAGACGGUUGACGAAACUCAGAGCAAAAAGAUGAAGAAGAAGAAGAAGAGAUCCACUGGGAGCAUCAAUGAGCUAAAUGGUAAUGAAGUGUCUGAAAGUCCUGAAACCGAUGUUAAACCCAAAAAGAAGAAAAAGAAAAUGAAAGCUGAUGAUGAAGCUGAGGAGAUAACUGACUCAGUUUCCAACGUGGAGGAUGUGAUGUGUGUAGAAAACAGUGAAGCGGACCAUUCUCACAAAACAAAGAAGAAACGUAAAAAGAACAAAAACAAUUCAGAGCAGGAUGAAGUAGAAAGAGUGCCUUCACCUGUAGCUGAGAGCAAGAGUCUGGAGGAGACAGCUGAGCUGCAUGCCAACACUAGAGUGAAGAAGAAGAAGAAGAAAUCCUCCAAACAGCACAGUGAGGAAGCGGAGAGUAAUGAUACAGAAUCCAACCAGUCAGAGCUGGUCCAGGACAGUGCUCCAAAAACCAAGAAGAGAAAAGCUGUAGUUUUAUUGGAGGAAGCAAAAGUUCUGGAGGAAGAAUCAACAGUAAAGCAGAAAAGGAAAAAAUGUAAAAAGGACAAAACGUUUAUAGAUGACAGAGUAAAUGAGGAGCCACUUCCUAAAAAGAAGAAAAAAAAGAAGUCGAAAGAGUAGGUUUUUUUAAGGCUCUGGACGUUUAUCAGCAGAUUUAUCUCAGAUUGAGGAACUUAGCAUUACCUUAAAUCAGUUCUGGUGAGUUAUGUGCUAAACAUGGACUAUAUGGAGGCUGUGGUUGACCUGGCUGCUAAUACAAUUCGGUGUUUCCCACUGAUUGGACAACACCGUUAAUUAGUAAUUCAGAUCAGUAACAACAUGACGACAUCCUGCAGUUGUGCCUCUUCUGCCUAUUGUAAAACCUCAAUAGAUUUUUCAGUAUUGUUUGCGAGCUUUUGUAUUCAUAAUAGCCUGCUGCAGAUUUACAAGUGACUGAAAAUCAGGUCAGUCUGGUUAUUUAUUGAUGAUGCAGGCUUUUCAAGAUUGAUGGUUGUAUACAACAUGAUAUGUGCGCAACUGAAUUAGUCAAUUGAUUUUAGUUUUAUGCUGUAAAUCAUUGUUAUGACGAGUCAGCCCUCUCAGCUGAGUCACACAGGGAAGCCCAAACCCAGCUUUUCUAAACGGAAACUAGAAAUCAAGUAAAUGUUGAUGUGUGUAGGUUGGGACAUGGAGCCAAUUAAAAGCAAGUUGCCGGUGUAGACCACUUUAUGGGAAAUAUGACUUUUUAAUGAAAUGUAAGGAAUUCGGUUUAUUUUCUGCACCAUGAACAACUCCUCUGUGAAGGAGCUGCCAGAUGUGCUGUAUUUUUAUUGAAAGGAUAAACUAUUACAAGAAGUUCUGAAUUUUAUAUGCAAAUGAAUGAUGACACAUCUAACUGCACCUGUCUGAUUCUUUCAAAUUUACAAAUUUCAUAUUUCUAUUAUUCCCUGUAUGAAAAUUUCCAAGUUAUGUAUAAUAAAACAUCUCAGCAUAUAGAAAAGAAAUAAAACGUACAAAAGGAAUAACACAUUUUU